AUGCCAAUAGUAGAACUUUCACAGGGUACUGUAAAAAAGUUAUUUUUUACAAGAAAUUUUCUUCCAACAAUUACAGAAGAUUGUAACUCAGUAGAAAAACAUAUAUUUUCUACCAUUACAAUAUCAUCACUUAUCGUGGCACAGCAGUUAUUGGGUGAUUCUAUUUUAAUUACAAAAUCGGAAAAUGACAACGUUUUAUACUGUGGCCCACUACAAUUAACAGGUAGAGGUCCACUACAAUGCAUAUUUAAUAAUUUAGGAAAAUUGCCAGAUGGAAAUGAUUGGAAAGAAAAGAAAUGA